AUGGGGCAAAUUUCCUUCGUGAGUCUCGGUUUGCUGAUUGUGGCCAUCUCUCUAAGUGAUGAGUCCAAGCAAGGAGUGAAAGGCUGUUGUUGUCCCGAUGAUUGGCUGCCCAUGAAUGGGUUUUGCUACAAGCUCAAUGAUCAACUCAAGACCUGGAAUGAUGCAGAGAUGUUGUGCAGGAAAUUUAAGCCAGGCUGCCACCUCACCUCCAUCCAUAGCAUGGCAGAGUCAGCUGACUUGGCUGAAUACAUUACAGAUUACCUGAACGGUGAUGGAAAUGUCUGGAUUGGACUGAAUGAUGCACAGGAGAAAGGUGUCUGGGAGUGGACAGACAGAUCCUGCACCAACUACCUAUCCUGGAAUCAAGGAGAGCCCAACAACCAGCAGAAGAAUGAGUAUUGCGUUGAGCUCAUAGCCAAGACAGGUUACAUGUACUGGAACGAUCAGCCUUGCGAUGUCUUGCGUGCUUUCAUCUGCCAGUGUAAGUACUAG